AUGGAACAAACAUUUAUGACGAUUCACAAUGCCAACAUUCUAUUUGCGUCCGAGUCCAUCGUCGACAUUUUAGGCUACCAACUGGCCGAGGUUCAGGGCAAGUCAUGCUUUGACUUCUUUCACCCCGAAGAGGUACCUUCUGCACGCUCCGUCGUCAGCCGGGGCGUGCUCCUGGACAAGGCUGCCGUGCUUCAUUAUGCCCGCAUAUUGUCCCGUGAUGGGCGCUGGGUUGGCUGCGAGUGCUGCUUCACCGUUGUCCAUGACGUAUUGGUGGCCUCCAUAAGCAUCUACCGGCGAAACGCAAAGAGCGAGAGACGAGCCAUUGAGGCUCCCCAAAUCCGGCGCAUAUUCUCAUGUUCACCACGCGAUCCACGGUACCAUAUGCUGGAACACCUAUCGCCAAAAUUCAAAGUGCCACCAAUGGAGCGAGAGCCAAGGGCCGCUUUGAUUUUGAAUCGCUUCACACGGAAUCUCACAGUCAUGUUCGCCACUACGUCCAUUUCUACCGUCCUUGGCUUACGGCCACACGAAAUCAAAAACAAAGGUUUCUACCGAUGCAUCCAGGAAAGCUGCUUAUCCGAGGCGAUCGAGUGCCUCGAGAGCGCAAAAGCAAACGACUCUAUUGCGUACCUACGCUUUUUCUUCCAGGAUCCACGAGAGGACGACGAGCUAGCCGAAAGCAUGGCCAACGGCAACAGCAACGUGAACAAUACCGCCUUGGCCGAGGACGCAGAAAUGGCCAUGUCCGGAAGCGCGACAAGUGACAUGGAUGUGGAUGAAGCUAACGCAAUCAACAUCAAAGUCGAGGUAGACGAUGACGCACACUUCUCUUUGCCCUCUGUGCCCCUUGUGUCUGAGGCUACGACAUCCGACUCGCCAGGAAGGCUGCCUUCGAUCGAACUGGAAGCCGUGGUCUCCUGCACGUCUGACGGCCUCGUGGUCAUUCUUAGAAAAGCGCGACCGCCAAUCCCACCAGCGCAUCCCCCAUUGGUGGCCCCCGACUACGGCGACGGGCUUUUUGCCGCGCCCUGGGGCCAGCAGCCCAUCCAGCCACAUUUUCCAAAGGAAUCUUUGUAUACAUUUCGGGCCCCCUUACUGCGGCAGUACAUGCCCCUACGACAGAACGUAAAGGAUGCCGGCGGGCCGCCACUGGACACCCUUAUGGGGUCGAUACGCGAUGUGGCCGUAUUUGCAUGGGGCGUCGUCGGCAUCAACCCAGCCUUGGCUGCGUAUGGCCGAGGCCUGCCGUCCGGCGAGGCACGACCGACUUCUGGCUCACGACCAGGCUGUCAACAAACCAGACAUGGGUCAACCAAUGACAACACGAACACCGCUACCUUUUCCAAGCAGAACAAAGGAAAAGCUCCCGAGAACGAAGCGACGAGCCAACCACGCACCUAUACAGCAAGGCGAGUACCGGCCGAUGCCAGCCAUAGUGCCCUUGAUCCAGUCAGGAGCAGCAUCGUGAGCAACUCAUGUGGCUACCAGUCGAUGCUGCUGCCGUCCACUGGCUCGAACUGGGGCUAUACUCACUCCCCAGAAACAACGGCGGCUCUUAUGGAGCAACCCCAAACUGCUCGAAACCUCCAACAACUGCCUCAAAACUACAGUUCGUCCUUCCCACCAAGCUCGUCUAGUCCCAAUGCACCGUUCCGACGGCAUACAACUUCGAGAGGCACCGGUUACCAGCCGCCGUCAUACGGAUCACCAGUUGCACAAGGUCCUUCCGCGACCACGACCGGCUCGACGCAGGAUCGCCAUUUCGGGUGA